AUGCCACCAAAAGACGGGACGAGUCUUUAUACUGAGGCGAAGCGGGCACCCAAGGAAGGCAAAGGCAAAGGCGAGGCGGAGGAUGAAGAGGAAUAUGGAGAGGACGAUAUCGAGGAGGACGUACAUGAGCCAUUCCACUUACAGAAUGGAGAAUACCCGCUCGGAUGUUUGGACGACUCCGAGAUUCCUAGAUUGGUAGAAGACGGAACGGCGGAUGAUGAAGGAGAAGAAGAGGACGGCUCCCUGGAGCAAAGGGAACCUGUUGACGAGGAGGACGAUGACAGCUAUGGUUCGGCGCGCGCCGUGUCUUCAGAGACCGCAUCGGAGCAUAGCGGUCACGUAAUAUUUGAGGGCGAGGUUAAAGAGAACGACAACCCUGUCGCACUUGGUGGCCUCUCUCCCACUGACUGGGAGUACGUAGCUCCUCGAUACUCGUCGAGUGGUAGGCGUAUAACUCCUACUGCCCGAUACAUGGUUUCCGUGGAGCGCAAGGGCAAAGCGAAGAAUAUCCAAGCAGCCAUCGUGGAGGAAGGCGAGGACGAUGACGACCAAGAGUGGGAGAAGGCGCCGAAGAAAGGCAAAAGCAAAGGGAAGGGUAAGGCCUCGAGUGCCCCUUCGGCAGACCAUCCGGGGAUAGCUCGCUCCACAAGGAGCAGGAAGGGCGAUAGAGCGCAACGGACAGAAGAGAAGGGAAGGGGAAAGUCGCGCUGGGAGAGUCUCCUUAUCAGUCUGCGUAACGCGAGUGUCUGGCGCAGUCCGCAAUGCAUCCACUGGGGUAAGCUCGAGAAGAUUUUGGAAGAGACGCAAAUUGAAGGAUUAUGGAUGGCAAGCAUGCUCUGGUACUGUGGCUAUAUGCUGAAAGUCCCAUUGUCUUCCUCCACCGAGUCGCUCGUGAAUCCCGAAGACACCAUGGAUUCGGAGAACUCCGGUCCGCAAGCAUUGAGAGGCCGUUAUGGGUCAAACAAUACCGAAGACGAUGCCAAUGACAAAGGCGGGAAUGAGCAUCUGGGAGACCAGGGGGUCCUGCGCGAGCAAGGCGGCUGUGGCGAAAGGCGUCUGCAAACUCGCUUAGCAGACCCCUACACCGACAUGGUGACGGAGAGCGAGAGUGAGGACUCGGAAGGUCCGGCCGAAGAGGACGAGGUCGGUGGAGCCGUUAUUGUCACAUUCGUAAUCGCCCUGCUCAGCUUCGCGCAUGAUUCCAGAGGCAAGGCCGGUCUAUCUCAAGCGAGGAUGUGGAUACAACGUCGCAAGAACCACGGGGGAACGACGACCAGGCCCCAGGGCCAUCUCUUCAUCGUGGUAGAAGUGGAGGAUUUCCCCUCGAAACUGGGCCACUCCAAGAACAGAGAUUUCGCGCCUCCUCGUAUGCGUGCCACACCAAGGACGUAUUACCAGGGCGUUUCUCCCUGUCUUCAAUAUACGGGCCAUUCCUGGAAUAUUCAGAAGCCUAUACAAUGGCCAUCGUAUACAUGGACCCCGUCUCCUGAGCGCAGACGCCCUCCCCGCCCCCGCACUCACGGACUGGAAUACCGGCUUACGACACGAAUAUCACAGUUCGACAAGGGUUUAUUCGAUUCCUACCUCGCAUACCCAGCGCCACCGCCCUCACGGUCUCGUUCUCGGGCCUCCGUAGGCACCUGUCCAUGGCAGGACCAGUUACGAGACCGUGUGGGCGGCGGCAAGCCCGCACUACCCCCUCCACCGCAUUGGGUGUCCUUACACGAACUUAAACUGUCCGCACCGAGCUUUGCUGCUGCUGUCUACCGUUCGUGGUUUGAGAAAGGUGCUCUCGACUUUUGGGCACGAGCGUUCCUCGUCCCACACCCUUCCCGCUUGUACCCGCAGCCGCUCUCCAACGAGGUCUGGCUUUUUGCGACCAGAGUAGAAAUAUGGCACGCACGCGUAACAGCGCUGAAGGCGGAUGCUACGCAAGCAUGCCGGGGAAUGCGUGUGCUUUGGAUGCUGUCGGACGCGGGCGUACGGUUCGGGAGACGCGUCGUCCCUUUCCAGUUCUCGAUGGAUUGGCCGAUGGACUGGCAUUGGAAAGGGGCGAUGCGUAUGCUGUACGCUUCACUCGGGGAUCUGGAGCGUUGUCUUGGGGUUAGAGUGUAUCGUGGCGAAAACGGACCAUUACACGACGUGCAAGCACCGCCUCCAUGCAGAAGAGGGGAUCGUAAGACGAGAGGUGUGGUACAGGCUCUAGCGGUCAUCCGCUCAAGUCGUGAUUUGGAAGCGAUGAAAGCGAGAGCUGUGUCACGCGGUUCUCGGGAAGCCUUAAGCAGCCCUGGGCCCAGCGUGGGUGGUGGUCUUUAUCUGAACGGACAUAAGGACCUCUAUAAUGAGGGCGCCAUGCAGAAGAGUAUAGCGAUCGUGGCUGGACGCCGGCGCCACGUGUAUUCGUGUGAGAUUCUCAGUUUCAGCACCAUGCACUUCCUCAAGCUCUUGAAGUUGCACCGCCGCACCAAGUCGGACACUGACCUCCUUGGACUCGAAUUCGUCUCUGGAUCUGACAAGAACAAGGUCGACAAGAAGAGGAAGCGCUGGUCUCUCCGUGCGAGUGCUACCACUACCGUCUCCAGCAUAUCUUCCUCGGCUCCCUCUCAUACGGAUGAUCUCGAACGUCGCCUGGAGCGACGCGACGCCGAAGAUGGCUUCCUUAUGAACGACACCAGCGCGGAACGACACCCCUUCUCCAACUCUGUUUUCCCUCAAGACGACCCAGCCGAGGUCGCCCGCCUCGAGCAGCAGAUCGCGCACUACGACUGGCUGCUCAACCUGCUCUCCCUCCUCUCCACACACGGCGACCCCUCCUCCAGCAUCACUGAACGCGUCGUCUCCCUGAUACAAACCACUGCCGACUCUCCCUCCGACCCCUUCUUUGCUCUCCGCGCUGAGCUCAUCUCCCCGCACGUCCCCGCGCCCUCGGCGGACUACAGCCGAGCGAUGGCCAUCACGCUCGCUGCGCGACGGAAGGAAAAGGAAGCGCGGAAAAUGUAUAUGUGGUGGCGGCGCAAGGCCGAGGAGGUGCUGGGUUCGCAACGCGAGCUUGUGACGCCGUCGAACUCGCAGCUGGGGAUCGAGGUACCGGGAUGUGUCACGCCUACUGUCAGUACCGUCAGCAUAUCGAGGAUUGAGCGCGAAUGGGGGUUCGUAUGGGGUGAGGAUUUAGAUGACGGGGCGGCCCGGAUUCCUUCCGUCAGCUCGAGAGAACUGGUUCUCGUCGGUAGUACGUCCCGGGAGCUGGUGCUCGCUUCCGGCAAUUCCCAGGACUGCGUUCUUCGUCCCAGAAGCUCGAGGGAGCUUGUUCUCGCCCGGAGGCCUUCUAAUGAAGGUAUCUUUACCUCUAACUCCAGGGAGCUCGUCCUCGCCUCCAGCACCUCCCGAGAGCUCGCACUCAUCCCAAGCAUCUCUCGCGAACUCGUCAUCUCCCGUAGAUCCUCUAGGCAACUCCUCCCCGCUUCCAGUAGCUCCAACAUCCUGGCUCUCUCUUCUAUUCCCUCCGUCAACCGCGUGGUCGCUCCUCCCUCCUCGACGUCUGCUCGCACCUUCCCGACUAUCCCCUCCAGCCGGUUGUUCUCUCCUGUCAAGCUUGCAGAAGCGCUCUAUCGCCUUUCCCUGAUCACGAGCCCGAGUCCGAGCACGGCGACGAUCAGGCUGUUAUGUGCGCCCCAGGCUUCACGGUCGAUAUCGGGGGUUGAUUCGCAGGAGAGCGUGCGUGCCGAGGCAGACCGUAAUAGCCCCGUUGAUGUCCAGGGAAUCACAGACAAGGAAGAAGUGGACCCCCAGCCAGUUGCGCAGCCCUCUUCGAUCCGCGCUGUCAACUUCACGCCCUCGGACGCCGCCCAGGUUUCCCUUCCGUAUCCUCCCACCAGUCCGCUUCCCGCGCCCGCCACGCCCAAGCCUAAGUCCAAGCUCGCAAACGUCCUGAGGAAGUCGCCGAUUUCGAGGCCGGCGUUUUUGUCCGGCGCGCCGAGGUUCCCUCCUACCUCCCCAAAGCCCAAGCCGAAGACGUCGUCUCCGCCUCGUAGCAAAGCAGACAAAACUUCUCGUGCGCCAACGGAUGGGUCUCCUCGUGGCAAAGCGGGGACACCCCCUGCGAAGCUGUCCUCCCUGCGGUUCAAAGCGCUCAAUUUGAGGGCUAUCUCGCGGUUCAUCGCGAAGCCCAAGGCUCAAGUGGAGGUGGACGACGCGAGCUUCAGCUUCGAGGCGAUUGAUAUGCCCGAGGUCGAGGCAGACGCCAUUCCGGUUGACCAGGUGGAGGGGAAGGAGGAGCGGAGGAAGAGCUGGGGCCGGAGCUGGGCGGGCCCGAGACUCGCAGAGGACGAUGCGGCAAACGGGAAGGUGGGGACGGUUGAUGGCAAGAUGAACUUGGAGCAGAGGCAGACGAGGAGGUCGUCGAGGCUGCCUACCCUGCGGAGGAGGGAUUGAUCUUGGAACGAGCGGAUUUCCACACAUCACUAUCCAUUUCUUUUAGUAACAUACCCUUAUCUGUAGCAGUAUGAUUUGUAGUGUAUCAUCAGCGUUGUAUUACUACCUCGUGUCCGAUUCAUUAUAUCGAUAUCAUCGUGAUAAAU